ACAGAAGCGAAAAACUCAUAUGCAAUGGAGUUGGAAGGCCUAAAGAGGUCACUUCAAUUCCUAGAAGAUGCUGGAGUCACUGUUACUGACUUGACAACAGACCGUCAUUCCAGUGUUAAAAAGUUUAUGCGCGAGAUUUAUCCCUCAAUUAAUCACUGGUUUGAUGCCUGGCAUAUAGCAAAAGGUAUUACAAAAAAGCUUGACGCAUCAUCAAAGAAAAAGUUAUGUCACACCAUCUCACCGUGGAUCCACAGCAUCUCCAACCAUGUAUAUUGGUGUGGGGCAAGCAGUGAUGGAAAUGCUGAGCUGGUUGUGGCCAAGUGGAAGUCGGUGAUGAACCACAUUGUAGACAUCCACGAACACCCAUUUGAGAACUUUCCAACCUGUGCACAUGAUGAGUUGGUAGAGGACAGAGAGUGGAUUGCAGAAGGUUCAAGGGCCCAUGUUGAGGUGAACUCAAUUGUCACUAACCGUACUCUGCUUGCUGACAUUGGUAAAUUGUCACCUCAUGUGCAGACAUCAAGUGUUGAAAGCUACCACAAGGUGGUGUGCUUCUUUGCACCAAAGUUCUUGCACUUUUUCUACCACAGUAUGAAUGCCAGAUUGAUGCUUGCCAUUCUCCAUUUCAAUGAGAAUUCCAACAGACAGCAGGCUAAGAACAAAGCUGGAAAAGAAAUGUGGCAGCUCUCAUUUCCAAAGGCAAAAAAAGGAGAACCAGUAGCCAAACAAGUUGAAGUCCCUUCAUACAUUGAUGAGUUGUUGGAUGAAGUAAUGGCUCGUCGGGAGGCCAUACCUUCUUAUGAAGUUGCAAGGCAAGAUUUAGAAGCCCAAAUUGCUCCUGAAUACGUGAAAGACCAAUAUGACAAGGUUGAUAAACUCACAGUUGUGGCAACUAGGAAGUCGAGGUUUACACAGUUGGGUAUUUAA